AUCAAGUGGACUGACUUACCUCUGACGUUUCAACAGGCCAUUACACUCACGAGAAGACUUGGAAUUGAGUAUAUAUGGAUCGAUUCGCUCUGCAUCAUUCAAGAGAAUGACGUAGAUUGGCACAAUGAAGCUCCAAGAAUGGAGAGGGUGUACGGCAAUUCAUAUCUUAAUUUCGCCGCCAUGGCCUCAACAGACGGUCGUGGUGGGCUCUUUCGGGAUCGUCGUCCUACUUCUCUCAGUCCUGCGACGAUCAACGCGCAGUCCGAUCGGCUGAAAGGGAGGUUUGGGAUAGUCAGACAAGACUUCUGGCAGGGUAACAUACUUGACGAGCCGCUGUAUCGAAGAGGCUGGGUAUUUCAAGAACGCAUGCUUAGUCCUCGACUCCUCCACUUUGGCAAAGAUCAAGUCUUUUGGCAGUGUUUAAGUCUCUCGGCGUGUGAGACCGCAACAGAAGGAUUACCAAGUAUCAGUCUCACUGGCGAUGAGAGAGUUGAAUUGCAAUUGGACGAUGUCUGGAAGAUGGCUGUGAAGAGCUAUACCUGUACAAAUUUAACUUAUUCCAAGGAUAGACUUAUGGCACUCUCGGGUAUAGCUAAUGUCAUGGCAGAGGCACUGAAUGAGCGUUACAUUGCAGGGUUA